AUGAAUGAUGAAUUGUGUAGAAAAUUUGGUGUUUUGAAGGCGUAUUUACCCGAUGAAUUAGGCGAAACUGGAACACUCACUUUUGGUGAAAAUAAGAAUUUUAUUAAAUACUGCCCUGAGAAUGGUUCAGGAGGAAAUGAAUGCAAUAAUGAUCUCGAUAGAAUUACGGCUGGAUUUUUAUGGUCACUUGAACAAUGUUAUUCUGGACUCGUAAAUAAAGAUCAUAAUGCAAAUAGUAAUAAUGCAUUUUUUCUAUAUAUGAUUUCAUGGAUUAGUUACAAAUUAAAUCAAAUCAAAGAGAAGGGAUUCACAACAAUAAACGAAUUUUUUACUAAAAAUGUAAAAAAUAGUGGUAAAUAUAAACAAUUUAUAAGUGAUGCCUAUAAAAUUGGAGAACUUAAGAAAUUCAUGGAUGAAAGAGAUUAUUUGAUGAAUAUUAAUAUUGAGGAUCUGUCUAAAUGUUAUGAUUCAUUCAAAUUAUUAUGUAAUAUGUAUGAUGAUGUUGAAACGAAUAAACCUGGUGACACAUUGUCAAAUAAUGUUACUAUGUUUGUUAACAAAUAUACAGAACUCAAAGAUGACUAUAAUAUUGGAGAUACUACACGUAGUAAAAUAUUGCCUGUUUUAUCAACUGAUUAUGAUAAUUUUAAAAAUUAUUGUACUAGAAAAGGUGCUAAUUGUAAAUAUUCUUCAUCCUUUCCAGAGAUAUCAGAAUUUUCUGCACAAAUAUAUGGAGUUACAUCAUCAAGCUCGUCGACAGGAAAGAAAUUAUUUACAGUUUUAUCGAUAUUUGGUGCAAUAGCAUUUUUUUUAGGAAUUUCUUAUAAGUAUUCAUUAUUUGGAUUUCGGAAACGAUUUAAAAAACAACAAAUAAGAGAAAAAAUAAAAAAUAUAAAGAAGAAAAUGAAUCGUUAA